ACAAAGGAUAAGAGAGGGGAGAGGGAGGGGGGGAGGAGCACUACACAUUCCUCCUACUGAAGAAGAAGGAGUCGGCGAUGGGGAGCCUUCGCACGGCGAUGGACGCCGACUUCUACGACCUGGACGUGGCGUCGCCGCAAACCCUAGAGGGCUCGGCCCGGUUCGUCCCGGGCGAACCGGCCCCGCCCGGCCUGGCCCGGUCGAGCCGGACCGUGCGGGCGCAGCAGCUCUCCUUCCUCCGCAACGCGUUCCCCCUCGGCGUCGUCCCCUCCCUCGCCCCCCCCACCACCGCCUCCCACAACGAGCUCGGAUCCCUCGCCCUCCACUCCCUCUUGCUCGGCCCCUCCGCCUUCAACUGGUGGACUGCAUUAGUAGGGCAAUUUCGGCCGAGAAAAUUGAUAUCUAGUAUCAAGAAAGAAGUGACGAUAGGUGACGAGCUCGAACUACCAUCGUUCAAAGAUGUCGCGAAGCACUUCCUGGAUAAGUCGCUCUAUGCGGUCGGUUUGUUCUCGCAACUCGCUCUCACGCCCGAUACGUCCUUGCUUUUUAAUGUGGAAAAGCACGGUGAGAAGAAGAGGCGGCGGUCGAAAGUAAUGCUCCUUCAUAAGCUUCCUAAUCAUGAUGUCACAGUAGAAGCAGUAACGCCGGAGCUAUUCCUGGACAGUGAAGGGACUUAUUGGGAAGUUCCAACAUCAUUAUCACUAAACAUAUCGUCUCUGAUAUCUGAUUCCGGAUUCAGAUACCGUUUUGGCUUACAAAAGAAUGAGGGGCAACCGGAAGCUCUUAAUUCGCCUUCCCAAGAUGUACCCUUAUCUCUGUUGCCCGGAAUUUGUGCUAAAGCCGCCUUUUCCAUUGAGAGGAGCAGAGACAUUUGGCGAGAAAAGGAGAAAAAGAAAGUUAGAGGGAGAAUGAUGGAGAAGGAACCUGGUUGGGUGUCUUCAUAUGACGUACGACUUAGCGAACCUCAUGCAGCAAUAUCGGGAAUUGUCGGUGGCACGUGUACGGCAUGGUUCGGAGGAAAUGGGAACUCAGAUCCUAGUUUGCCAACUCAAUCGGGAGAAGUUGAAUCCGAUCGCCGUAUAACUACCAGUACUAAAAAGAGGAACCCAUUUAGUGCUGAUUUAUUCGGUUCUUUAUGCUACACAAUUCAGCGCGGAAAAUUCAAGAAUGAUUUCAAUGACCUCACGCGAAUUGAUGCUCGCUUGGACAUUUCUUCAGCUUCGGCAUUCAUCAGGGACGCCGCUCAUCUAAUAUCUGAUAUUACCAGGGGCCGGGUUGUACGAGAAGUGGAUCCUCUUGCUUCCCCAAGGCUUCAUGUUGUUCUUCAGCAACAGGUGGCGGGGCCUAUCGUCUUUCGGGUGGAUUCGAGGAUUGCAGCAACUUCCCCUUCUGGGAGGCAUGCUCCGUGCGUUGAAGAUGUAAUCUGCGGCUUGAGCUACUCUUUUAGGAUGCUGCAAUCUGGGAAGAUCUUAGCUUGGUUUUCGCCCAAGAGGAAAGAGGCGAUGAUCGAGCUCCGGCUCUUCGAGUUCUAAGCCGCGCAUUUUUGUUUUCGUUGUCGCCGUAUUUAUCUUGUUGUAGUUUCUUGUUGAUUUUCUAUUGAGAAAACUGCAGGCUUAGAUGCCUAGUGCCUAAUAUAUCUCAAAUGUUUGCUUGGUAUGGUCACUAGUUUGGUUUUUUCGCUUUGAA